GGUUAGGUGUUACAAAAGUUAGUAGAACUCCCUUACUGAAGUUAUGGAGGCAGUCUGUGUAACUUGAAGCAUUUUAUGCCUAUUUAUGCCUGUUUAUAUAAUCUUGCUCAAGCACAAGCAGAUAAUAGAAAAUUAGCUGAGUCUUCCAAGAUACUAAUGCCAACACAGGACAUUGGCACCAAUGAUUUUUAUAUAAGGAGUAUUAGGGGUGCUCAUAGCUGGUGAGACCUGGAUGACUUUAGCUAAAUCAUUCGUAUAAUGCUUGAUGAUUUCUGUGUGUGACCUAAGCUUGUCAUCACAGUUCUGAAAGACAGAUUCUGUUUUCAGAUCAAUGGUUUGUCAGCAUUUAAGGUACCCUUUACAAAAUGCCAAGUUUUUUAGAGCAUAAGGAAAUAAAUGUCCUCUUUAUUCUUUGUUCAUAAGAGGUAUUUGUUUGUGCCUGAGGAGAGUGAGACAAUUCAGCCUUGAAUAUUGGGUAAUGAGGAUGAUUCCUUUUUGUUGUUUUCUGGAAGAAUAAAGAAUGUCAAAGAUGGGAGACAUUAAGUGCCCAAUUAGUGGACACAUAUAAAAUGACCUGAAUUUUCUGCAGGAAAAGACAGAUACUCCUUUCACCAUAGGUUGCAUAUCCUGAUGCCCAACUUGCUGUCUUAUUGGAGCGUGGUGGAGCUUGCAUGAUCACAUCUUCCCUGAGGUCUUCUCAGAAACUGUCCUGAGGUUAUCUUGCUGAGCAAAACUUACUUGAUGCCUGCUAACAGAAGAGUAUUGAAUCACUUUGUGUCACCACAGGGGACUUUGGGUACUGUAGAUGUACCUCUCACCAGCACAUCAUGUUAGAUGUAGCAGAGGAGAUGGACAGCCCCACAUUUAAAAGUGACACUGUACUUUCUGAUGUUCACUUACACUGUCCAAAUAAAAGACAUCUCAUGGUACGAUUGAAUGCAGUGGGACAACCAGUAUUCCUGUCGUAUUUCAAGCUCCUUUGGAACAUAGAAGAUUUGUCAUCUGAGAAACAUGUGAGAGAAACUACAACAGAAAGAGAACUCCAGUACCAGAGUGGAGAUGAACUGUGUGACAAGGACAGGAAUAAUCUAAAAAAUGAAAGAGAAUUUAUAAAUAGUGAAGGAAUAGAAGCUCUGCUAGAUGAGGACGGAGACUUGGAAGUGGUCAGAAGACCUCGAAGUGCCUCUGAUUUAGAAGCAGAGGAUCUUUUGAGGGAUAGAGUAUAUCCUGUCAUUCUGAUGAAAGGGAAAGAUGCUUUUGAAGAUGAAGAAGAAUGCACUUGCAGUGAUGUUGUUAAAAUAGAACAUACUAUGGCAACUCCUUUAGAAGACGUCGGUAAACAAGUCUGGCGUGCAGCCUUUCUUCUUGCUGAUUACAUUCUGUUUAAACGGGACAUGUUCAGGUGUUGCACAGUGCUAGAGCUUGGAGGCGGCACUGGAAUUACAAGCAUUAUUAUGGGAACAGUUGCCAAGAGAGUUUAUUGCACAGAUGUUGGUGAAGAUCUUCUGGCCAUGUGUGAGCAAAAUGUUAUGUUAAACAAACACCUGAUGGAGCCAGGAAGAGGGGAAGUUAGAGUGAAAGAACUGGACUGGCUGAAAGAUGAAUUCUGCACUGAUCCUGAAGCUCCUUACAGCUGGUCUGAAGAAGAGAUUGCUGAUCUGCAUGACCACUGUACUGUGAUAAUAGCAGCUGAUGUGUUCUAUGAUGAUGACCUUACAGAUGCCUUGUUCAGAACUCUGUAUAGAAUCACACACAACUUGAGAAAUUCUUGCACAGUUUACCUAGCUUUAGAAAAGAGGCUGAACUUCACUUUAAGACAUAUGGAUGUUACGUGUGAAGCCUACAGUCAUUUUAGAAAUACUCUGAAUGAUUUGGAGAGCCUCCAAGAUAGAAAAAUUAAAUAUGUUGUGGAGCCUGUUAAGCUUGAUUUCUGCCAGUUUCUUGCUUAUGAACGAAUAGAGCAGUUGGAAUUGUGGAAGAUCAUUGCUGAACAGCUAACAUGAUGGGGACAUGAGAAAACAGAAGAUCUUUAUCUGAGGAUAAAGGUUUUUAGUGAUGUUUUGUUAAAAAGGAUUUCCAUCCAAAGAAAAGCAUUUUCCUGGUGGGACUGUGCUCUCAGAAAGUGCUGUUACACAGAUUUGCUUUACUUCAGUAAGUUUGGGGUUUGGCAGUUAGGAUAUGGUUUCUUUGAAAUUUCUUUCACAAAACUGUUUGAUACUGAUCUUCAAAGUACAUGCCGGAUGCCAAACAGUGGCAGUGACACAGUGAUUUGCUCUUUGGAAUCAAUGACAUAAGCUUUAGAUUCUCAUAAAGAGGCAUUUGACCUUUCCCAUGUGGCUGAUUUGCAGAUGUCAUGCAUUUUCCUUUUUAGUUUUCUGAACAUGGAGACUGCUUUUGGUCUCUUCCAGGUUCAACAUUAUUUUGUAUUUAUGGACAUUUGUGAAAGAGUGGUCUGGGCAAAGACCUGUCUUUCAUGGGCUUUUCUUUAAGCAAUCUCUUUAUGAAACUUAGUCCUUAAUAUUCAAUUUGUCCUAUCUAAAUCGUUCUAGUUCAGGGCUACUCUCUGAACUGAAAGGACACAAGAUGCAUUUUGUUUGGGCCUCUAAAACUACUCCACAGAGGUCUCGGAGGUAUAUUGUCCUGCUGGAACUUUUAAGCUGUGCCCACCCAGGGUAAGGGUGGGAGGGUGCCUCAUGAAGUGAUACGCUACCGCUCUUUCAAUGUUUGGAAUUCUACCCUCAGUGUAUAUUUGUGAGGCUGGGGAGAAAGACGUGACCAGCAAUGUCUUGUCCAUACGAAUGGGGCCUUCAGUAUCUUAGCUUUUGGAUUCAAGUACAACAUAUUGGUCACAUCUCUCCUGUGUUGUUAAUAAAAACAAGAUCUGCUUGUACUUUUAAUAAAUCUUGUGUGUACUGUUAUGUUUGUAUCGCUUGCCAUAUGUACACUGUCAGGGAAGCUCUUGUGCCAGCUUCUGGAUUCUUUAACGUUAGGUUGACUAUCAGUGAUGAAGCUGUUCUGGCCUGUGACUUGUGACUUCUAAUGCAUACAUUGUAUUAGAAGCAUCUGGUUGACUUCUUGAAAAUCUGUUUUACAUUUGGUUUAGUUCAUUUAAUAAACUGGUUAUAUUUAUGAA